AAUCACAACUGGGUUGGUAUAUAUAUGUUGAACUUAAAACCCUACUUCCUCUCUACCGUGCGCACGUUUUCAGUUUUCUGAUCACUCUCAGCGAGAGUUCGACGCGGCGGUUGCAGAAGAUCGCGAGAUGAAGUUCAACAUUGCGAACCCCACCACUGGGUGCCAGAAGAAGCUCGAGAUCGAUGACGAUCAGAAAUUACGAGCAUUUUGGGACAAGAGGAUCUCACAGGAGGUUAGUGGAGAUGCACUUGGUGAGGAAUUUAAAGGCUAUCUUUUCAAAAUCACUGGAGGUUGUGACAAGCAAGGAUUCCCGAUGAAGCAGGGAGUGCUGACCCCUGGUCGUGUUCGACUGUUGCUUCACAGGGGAACUCCUUGUUUCCGUGGAUAUGGAAGGCGUAAUGGAGAACGUAGGAGAAAGUCUGUUCGUGGGUGCAUUGUCAGCCCAGAUCUCUCUGUUCUGAACCUUGUAAUUGUGAAGAAGGGUGAGAAUGAUUUACCAGGACUGACUGAUGUUGAGAAGCCAAGGAUGAGAGGUCCUAAGAGAGCAUCCAAAAUUCGUAAAUUGUUCAACCUGUCUAAGGAGGAUGAUGUGAGGAAGUAUGUUAACACCUAUCGUCGGACAUUUACGACAAAAGCUGGGAAAAAGGUGAGUAAAGCUCCCAAGAUUCAAAGACUGGUCACCCCUCUUACCCUCCAAAGAAAGAGGGCAAGAAUUGCUGAUAAGAAGAAGAGAAUUGCCAAGGCAAAAUCAGAGGCAGCAGAAUACCAGAAACUCCUGGCCUCCAGGUUGAAGGAGCAGAGGGAUCGCCGCAGUGAGAGUUUGGCUAAGAGGAGAUCCAAGGUUUCCAGUGCUACCAAGGCCGUUGCGACUGAAUAGCCUGCUUUCAGAUAUAAUAGAGAGAGAUAUGGUGAAGUUUGAUCAUCAUAUGUAGUUUUUGGUAAUGUUAUUUUAUGACGGCUGUGUUAUGAUAAAUUAAAAACUGCUUUUGCUAUUUUUGAUUACAUUGAGUUAUUGAAGUAUUUCUUAAGCAGUAUUACUUGUUGAAUCAUUUUUAACUAAUUGGAAUAUGUUAUCUAUGUCA